AUGGCCAAGGAAAAACCCAAGGAAGGGGUCAAUGAUCAGAUUAAUUUGUACGUGGCGGGGCAGGAUGGGUCUGUGGUGCAGUUUAAGAUUAAGAGGCACACACCAUUUCGUAAACUAAUUGAAGCCUAUUGUGAACGACAGGACACACCUGCACAGUUGGAAACGGAGGGGGGAGAUACCAUUGAUGUGUUCCAGCAGCAGACAGGGGGUGUCUACUAA